UUUUUUUUUUUUUUUGGUUUGGGUUCAAACUAAAUUGUUAUUCUCUAUAGAGGGUCUCUUUCAAUUAUUUUUAUAUUUGUAAGGCUUCAUCUUGAGUAUAAAUACCAUACUGUAUCUCCUGUUCCUAUUUAAUUUGCUAUCUUUUGUAAUUCUUGAAUUUGAGUGCUAAUCUCUCUUAGCUUGAAGAUAUACAAUCCCUUUCUUAAAAUUCUGCUGCAUAAGAGAUUGUUCAAGGCAUAAGUUAUUGUCCCAUUCAUAUCUAGUCUGUGAAAGUUGUUAGAUAAACCGAAUUGCAGACCAAAAGUAUGGGGGAUCACUUUGUUUUUCUGGUUGAUCGGUUGCUAACUGAAUCAACUUUAGAGGCUGCAAUUGAGAGCAGGAAUCAGAAUCAGUUGGCAUCUUGGACGAUCAAUGACCCGACAGCUGAUUGCUCGUCCCAAGAUUCUGGUGCUGUUUUGACUGCAGGGAAAAUGGUAGAAUGCAGGAUAUGCCAAGAUGAGGAUAUGGAUUCAAAUAUGGAAACUCCUUGCUCUUGCUGCGGUAGUUUGAAGUAUGCACAUCGGAGAUGCGUGCAAAGGUGGUGUAAUGAGAAGGGUGAUACCAUUUGUGAGAUCUGCCACCAGCCUUUCAGGCCUGGUUACUCAGCACCACCCUCUAUUUUUCGCCUUGGUGGCAUUCCAAUGAACUUAAGGGGGAAUUGGCGAAUUGUACGAAGGAACUUGAACAAUCAACGUGUGAUAGCGGUGGUUUCAGCUGAUCACAAUCUCAUUAGCGCCGACUCUGCGGAAGAUGCAGUUUCUACAUCAAGAAACAUGAUGUGUUGUCGUGUACUAGCCAUAAUAUUUAUGCUGCUGCUUGUCAUACGUCAUGCUCUUCCCGCCAUUGUCAAUCAAGCAGGGGACUACUCACUUCCAUUGAUUGUGCUUCUACUGCUAAGAGUUUCAGGCAUUGUUCUACCCGUCUACAUCAUAAUGAAAGCAGUGAUCUCUUGCCACCACCGGCAACACCAACAGGCUACUUUGCCCAUCUCUUCACCCCGUGAAGAAGCUAACGUGGUGACUCUGCAGCAGGAGCCUCCUGUAACUAUCCAAUGAAUGGUUUUCACUGUUGAACCAAAAAGAAAGCUCAUUCUUCAGCAUCAUCUCACAGCACAUGUCGAUCUUCAUUUACUCUACUGUUAUUACUCUCCCUUGCUGCAAUGACUAUGCUGCAGGAGUUGCUGCGUCAAAUUUGUGGAGGAUGAUGAAUAGACAAGAAGUUACAGAUCGACGAAAUUCAGUGAAGGUAUAUUCGAAAUAGAAGCUAAAGGUAAAAGAAAGGACACACAAGAGAUGAAAAAGAAGGCAUGAUAUCCAUUUUUACAACUAGAGAUAUCUGAAGGUCUGAAUUAGUCAGAGAAAAAUCCUUGUACAGUUAUGUAUAUGAACAUGUUGAAGUAAUACAAAAACUGGCAAAAAGUUGUUACCUUUAGUAUACUGAUAUGAGUUGUAUUGUUGGAUAAAGUUUGUCAGCCCAACUUGGAAGAUGGUAAACAUUUGCAUGUACCUCGUGUUUACACGAAACCAAUAUAUACAUAACACACGUAUCUGCAUA